AUGUCUUCAGCAAACAAAAGAAUAGCGUUACCAGCAAGAGUUGAGCCCAAGGUUUUUUUUGCAAACGAAAGAACAUUUUUGUCAUGGUUGAAUUUCACCGUGAUUUUGGGUUCAUUGGGUGUGGGUCUUUUGAACUUUGGUGAUUCGAUAGGUAGGAUCUCAGCUGGCUUGUUCACAUUUAUUGCUAUGCUUACUAUGGUUUAUGCCUUGGUGACUUAUCACUGGAGAGCCAAGGCUAUUAGAUUAAGAGGUUCAGGCCCAUACGAUGAUAGGUUUGGUCCAACAAUGUUAUGUUUUUUCUUGUUAGCUGCUGUGAUUAUCAAUUUCAUUUUGAGGAUAAGAGGAUGA